AUGAUUCCUACACCCACUCAGAAUAAAGCAAAGCCACAUGUUUCAAAGAAUGUCAAGACUUCUGAUGUUCAAACAUAUUUGGCAAAAGAAACUAGCACUGAUGGUGAUUUUAGUGAAAAAGAUGAUGAAUGUGUCCCUGAGCAAGCUGCUCAUGAAAGAAGGAGUAAGAAGAAGGUUGAUUAUGUUAUCAAUGUUGAUAACCUAACAUAUGAUGAGGAACCUCUUACCAACAUCUUUGAUCCUGGAAUAGCCAAGAGAUUUCAGAGAAGAAAAGGAAAGGUUGUGAUGUUUGAAGAUUAUCCUUCUAAAGAGAUAAAAAGGAAAUAUGGUGGUAUGAAAAGCACUCCCUCUAGAAGUUCCAAAGGAAAAUAUCUUGUUGGUCCUGCUAGAUCAUGGAGUAAAGUUGAUAUUCCUACGAGGAAUAGGAAAGUUGUUUCUUCAAGUGAUUAUAUGUUUGAGUUCGAAGAGGAUGUCCAGGACACCAUUCCUGUAAGAAGAUAUGCUCCAAAGAAUCCAUAUGUUGUUGUGCCCGAGGCUCCACUAGAAAAUAUGUCUUUACAUUAUGUGAAGAAUGAUGAAAGAUGGAAGUAUGUUAUUCAAAGGAGGAUAUCUUUGGAGAGGGAAUUGGAUAAGGAUGCCCUAAAAUGUAAGGAGGUUAUGGAGCUUAUAGAGGCUACUGGUUUGAUGAAGAAUGUCACAACAUUUGGUCUUUGCUAUGAAGGUCUUGUAAAGAAGUUUGUGGUGACGAUUCCUGAUGGGUUUUUUGAUAUGAAGAGAGAAGACUAUAGAAAGGUGUAUGUUAGAGUAAAUGUCGUGACAUUUUCUCUUGCUAUAAUCAACAAACUCCUGGGAAGGAUUGAAGAACCUCAGGCUGAGAUAGAGGUUACAAAUGAGCAAGUGUGCAAGGAGAUAAUUGACAAACAGGUACUUGGCCCUACCACUUCCAAGGGGAGCGCUAUUACUCAGCUGAAGGAGACAUGUAAAGAAUUAGAUGAUUACAUCUGGUCUAUCACUACUACAAAGAUAAAGCUUGAAAAAAUGAUCAAGGAUUUGAUGGAUGAAGAGGAAAAGGAAGUUAAACAUUUGAAUAUUCUACAGACUUUUAGCAACUGCCUUGCUGCAUUUUCGAAGCCCAAAUCUAGUCCAAACUAUGUUUGUAAAUAG